GAAGUUGACUUACUUUUUAGCAACAGUAUCCAGACAAGGAAGUUCAUUAAUUACAUCAUAGCACACCAGCUCAAAUUUGUUUUCUGAACCAUUUCAUAUCAGGGGAUCUCAGUGCUGCUUAUACGUUGAUGUGAGCUUGUUUGGUGAUCAGUCAUGGCAGCUCUGUGUGUGAAUACAGUGACAGUCCAUGUGUUACUGAGUGUCUUCUUUCUAUCAGGUGCUUUGGAUGGUUGUCCUGACAAGUCAGACCUCUUCAUUACUGUACCACAGGGGAUGGAAGCACUGAGUGGCUCUUGCUUGCAAAUCCCCUGUAACUAUAGCACUAAACCAACAAGACAACAUGAGAUUGAUUACAGUAGAGAAACUUAUGUACAGUGGAUUAAAAAUUAUGCCUUCCCUCAAAACCCAGGAAUUGUGGUUUUUGACAGUAGCAAAACAGAUAACGAGUAUACAAUGAAUAUUUCUGGAAACCUGAGUCAGAAUUACUGCACCACUCUAUUUUACAAUGUAACCACAGAGCACACAGGCACAUACUACUUCAGAUUCUACAACAGCCCAUUCGUGGCAUCAGCCAUUUGUGAUCAUCUUGAUAUAAUCGUUAAAGAUUCUCCUCAGAGCCCCACAAUUAAAAUCUCAGGUGAGCUGAGAGAGAAGGAGUCUCUCAGUAUAACCUGCUCAGCUCUCACUCCCUGUCCACACUCCCCUCCUAAACUCACCUGGAGUCUCCAGCAAGACUCUGCCAACAAACUGGAGGAAAACAAAGACAGGACCUUUACAGCCAUAAUCCAGGAGACCAUCAUUCUGUCAGACAAACAUGAUGGAUACAAUAUCACCUGUUCUGCUGGAUAUCCUGUGAAUGAAGGCCAAGGUGUCAAAAUCAAAACAGCAGGGGAUAAAAUCACUCUCAAUGUUUCAUAUGCUCCUAAGGACACCUCAGCAUCCAUCAGUCCAUCGGUUUUGGAGUCAGUGGGCGGCUUGGUGAACCUGACCUGCUCCAGCAGAGCCAAUCCUCCCGUCAGCAACUUCACCUUGUUCAAGAGGAGCAGAUAUGAACCCAUGAAUAUAUCUAGAGAAGGCCUUUUCAGUUUCUUUGCCACAGAAGGAGGAGCUUAUUUCUGUGUAGCCACCAAUGAUGUUGGUAAUGAGACAUCAACAGAUAUCUAUCUGACUAUUAAAAGUGAAGGAGAACUUCAGUGGCUACUAAUUACUGGAUUAAUCAUUGGGAUCAUCUGUCUCAUCAUUAUCGUCAUCAUUAUUGUCUGUGUUUGGCGUUCAAAGUCAACAAAUGAAACUGCACAACAGACCCAGAGUCAAACAGGUGAAGAGCUGACUGUCAGGUCAGCCAGUAAAACAGAGGAGGAGAACGUGCAUUACGGAGAGAUCAACUUCUCUAACCUGAGACACGAGCCGCCCCCUGAUUCACAGAGGGACAGCAGACAGGAGCAGGAUACAGUGUACGCACAGGUCAAAGUGUCUGGGACAGUAAACAGAUCCACAUAUACUUCUGACGGCCUGGAUGAUCUCUACACUCAAGUGAAGUAAUAAUGAGUGCAGUUUGAUUUGUGUAAAGACAAAGCUUACAUUUGAAUAGCCUUCAUAUUAAAUAUGCCUUUUUUUUUUUUUUUACAUAUACAUGAUGUUUAAGUUAUCAUCUGAUACAGAAAAAGACACUGAAUGCUAGACAGGAAAAUGAUGCUUAUACUGACAAUGGUUCAAUUAAGUUUAAAUUCUAGCAGGAGGAGUUUGUCUGGUAGUUUUAUAAAUCACACCAAAGAACUCUAACCCUAAAUAGAUAACGCAGGGAUUGGGUAAUAUAUUUGAAACUGGCAUUAAAAUGGACCAAAUGUAGCCUAUCUACCAAGUGUCUACCAAGCUGUUGACUGCUGAGAGACAAAGGGUAAGACUGUAAUUUCCAGUUUGGCCUCAUGAUGGCGUUGUUGUCUCACAUGACAGUGCAGAGUAACAGCUUUGAAAAUGUAGAUGUGGCAAAGGCUGCUGCUGAAUAUUAAUUAAUUUCGUGCCUUUCAUAUCAGGCGAUGCACACUCUGAAUGAACUGUCAAGAUCUGUCCAGUUAGCAGUUAGAAAACAAAGGUGAUGGUUUGGUGUUCUCCAACCUUGAAGCUACUUAUCGAGAAACUGGAUUAGAAGGGUUACCAUAAUGUCAAAGCUUCCUGUCUUGCAGCUGAACUUGAUGUUUAAGUUGUUGUGUUUUAGUUGUGUCCAUGCCACAGGUUUGAACCCAGCUUGACUCUCUGAGUGCAGAUGACACAAAAACACACUGUUGUGUUUCUGAUUCUGAGCUCAUUGUUGAUGCAGCUGCAGCACCUGCUGUUUAAACCAACAAACUAUCAGCUGAAGUCAAAUCUCUCCAUCUGUUUUUAUAUCACAUAUUCUGCUUAUUUAUCUCAGAAAUUUGUGGCGUUUCAAUAAAAUCCACACUUGAUCUGUUAGUUAAUGAGACAAGGCUGGUAUUUUGAACCUUAUACAUGCACUUUCCAGUAGAAAUAAACAAGCAGUUUAUCUAA